AUGGAAGACGCGACGCAAGGCGCGACGCAAGACACCAGCAACGUGACCAGCCGGCAGGCCCUGUGCGACCCCGCCCCGCAGAAGAGCAGGAAGCCCCCCGCCGUCUCCACCCUCAAACUCUUUAUCGUAGCGCUUUCCUUCGCCUAUUUCUCCAAGGCCCUGACGGGAGCGUAUAUGAAAAGCUCCAUUACUCAGAUAGAGAGACGCUUCGACCUCUCCAGCACGCACAUCGGACUCAUCGACGGCAGCUUUGAAAUGGGCAACCUGUUGUUCCUCGCUGCCGUCAGCCACUUCGGCGCGAAGCUGCACCGGCCCAGACUCAUCGCGGUGGGCUGUUUCCUCAUGGCCGUAGGGGCUUUCCUCACUGGCCUCACACACUUCUUCAUGGGACGCUACAAACCUGAUACAGUCAUCCAGGUCUCCAAGAACAGCAGCGUGAACAUCGCCGCCUGUGUGGAAACACCGGAAGUGCCUGAAGUUUCAAUAGAGCCUUCUGUGGAGGACAGUACAGCCUGUGUGAGGGAGAGCAGCUCCAACAUGUGGAUCUACGUGUUCCUGGGGAACGCGCUGCGUGGGAUCGGGGAAACUCCAGUCACGCCUCUGGGCAUUUCUUACAUCGAUGACUUUUCUAAAGCGGAAAACUCACCCUUCUAUAUAGCUUGUCUUCAGACCAUUACUCUCCUUGGCCCGAUGUUUGGAUUCCUUCUGGGCUCCUAUUGUGCCAAACUGUACGUUGACAUCGGAUAUGUUGACAUGGAAAGCGUGACCAUCACUCCCAGAGACUCCCGAUGGGUGGGCGCCUGGUGGAUGGGUUUUUUUGUGUCCUCCGUCCUCCUGCUCACCUCUAGCAUUCCUUUCUGGUUCCUGCCCCGCUCGCUGCCCCAGCAGGAGGGCGAAGAAGAAAAACCAGAUGAAACCCAGGAAGCUGGGACAGAAGCGCUCAGUAGCAACCACAACCUCAACUUCACAGAAAUCGCUAAAGGAUUUCUUCCUUCACUGAAGCGUCUUGUAGGAACCCCGGCCUACUUCCUUCUCCUUUGUGGAAGCAUCCUGAAGUUCAACUCGUUCAUCGGCAUGUUCACCUUCAAAGCAAAAUACAUGGAGCAGCAGUUUGGACAGUCUGCGUCCAGGGCUAACUUCCUCAUAGGGGUGCUGAACCUCCCGGCCGUGGCGGUUGGGAUCUUCCUGGGUGGACUGCUGAUGAAGCGGUACAAGCUGAGCGUGGUGUCCGGGGCCCAGCUCUCCUUCGCCACCUCCUUCCUGGCGUAUCUCCUCCUGCUGCUGCAAUUCGGCACCAAAUGUGACAACCUGCCUGUGGCGGGGCUCACCAUCUCAUACAAUGGGACACCGGGCAUAUCGUACAACAGAGAGAUGCUCUUCUCCGAGUGUAACAGCGACUGCUCCUGCUCCGCAGAGGAGUGGGAUCCGGUCUGCUCGGACAGCGGCAUCACCUACAUCUCCCCGUGUUUGGCCGGCUGCCUCACCUCCAGCGGACACGGCAAGCACACGCUCUUUCACAACUGCAGCUGCGUGUCCGAGUCCUAUCCGCCGGGCAGCAGCAUGUCGGUGAGGCUGGGCCAGUGCCCCCACGCCAAGAGCUGCAGCCGCAGCUUCACGUCCUACAUGGCCAUAUCCGUCCUCAGCUCCUUCAUCAACUCACUGGGAGCAACGCCUGGAUACAUGGUCAUCAUUCGAUGUAUCGCUCCAGAGCUGAAGUCCCUUGCACUUGGUAUUCAGGCCAUGGUAACCAGGACUCUUGGAGGUAUUCCUGCGCCGGUGUAUUUUGGAGCUCUGAUUGAUUCAACUUGCCUCAAGUGGUCAAUCAAGAAGUGUGGAGGCCGGGGGGCGUGUCGCAUGUACGACUCCGACAUGUACAGGUUUAUCUUUCUGGGUCUGAUCACCUGCCUCAGCGGUUCCGCUUAUUUUUUCAUCAUCGCCGUCAUCGUGCUCCUCAGGCGACAGUUUCAAAAGUCAGAUGGAGAAACCGCAACGCAGAAACCAAAAAGUUCAAGGGAAAUUGAACUUCAGGUCCCUUCAGACCCUCCUGAUGCAACUAAUGCAAGCAACGAUCCUCCUAACCAGUCUCAGGCUCCAAAGGUUUAGAUGACGAUUGCAGCGGCCUUGGAGGAAGGAGGAAGGAGUCCGACUGAUGCAUCAUGGGCCAGAGAGAGCCGAUACAAGAGGUCAUGUGUGUGA